AUGUACCAUUCGCGUGUCAUGUUUGAAGACAGCGGUUAUUUAGAUCGCUAUUUUCACACCUGUGAUGGAGACAGUCCCCUUAUCGUGCAGUUGUGCGGGAAUGAUCCCGAGUUUUUACAGAAAGCCGCACUCAAAUUUGAGGGCAAAUGCAUGGCAGUGGAUCUCAAUCUGGGAUGUCCCCAAGGAAUAGCGAGGAAAGGAAAGUACGGCUCGUACCUCCUUCCCAACUACAAUUUAGUUGAGCAGAUUGCCAAAGCAUUAGGGGGUGAGGAGGUGCAGUUCCCUUUCACGGUGAAAAUUCGCCUGCUCCCAUCGCUAGAAGACACAAUCAAGCUUUGUAAAAUGCUAGAGAGAGAAGGAGCACAGAUGAUUACUAUUCACGGAAGAACACGGGAGCAAAACAAAGAUCGCACGGGAGCCUGCGACUGGCAGGCCAUCGCCACCAUCCGCAAGGAGCUCUCCAUUCCGGUGUUUGCGAACGGAGGCAUUUGCAGCCUUGAGGAUGUGACGAAAUGCAUCGAGGAAACAGGCGUUUGCGGCGUGAUGGUGGGCGAAGCGAUUUUAGAAAAUCCCGCCUUCUUCGUGAAUGGAAUCGACCCAGCCGACGGCCAUCUUCUUACGGUCGUACGUGUUUGUUGGAGAGUCGAGAUUAGGAUGAGAUAUGUUACGAGUACUUAG